AUGAGCUUCCCGUAUAACCCAGUAACGUUUGGAACACUCGCUCUAACAAUGGUGCUCUUCUCGAAUAUGUUGCGCCGGAUUGGGUCACAGCUUGUGGCCAUUAUUAUUGGGGGUGGCCCUUUUCCCAGAGAAGUCGACACGUAUUUCCAGGCCUUGCGUCGCAUGCAACAAACACAGUGCUAUAUCCUGCCGCCCGCCCACGACCCACCACCCGGUUGGAUUGUAAUUAGAGUCGAUGUUGAUGCUUCCCGUUUAACGAGUUCUCGUUCAUCGACAUUCAAGAAUUCAUGUCUUGACCACGCAUGCAAGAUCCUAUUGGCAAUUGUGGGCCCGAGGUAUCGCCCCGUAUCCGCUGCCGUUAUCAAUGGCCAUCCCACCUUCCAUGCGGAUGGGACCCGAGUCAGCGAGGGGAACUGGAUAACCUGGGGGCUUGACAUCGAGGCCGAUCAGACUGGGCCGGGUAGCAUCAGCACCUUUCUCGCAGUGCCCGGGGAGCCCCCAGAAAUGGUCCGAGGACUUGGUAAGAGGCGCAAGCUCUCCUAUGAACUUGCAUAA